CCCAACCCUAAUUUCAUUUCCUCCUCUUUUGUUGCCGUUAGCUCGACGACUCUCCCGUCGUCCUGGAGCUGCUCGAUGAAAAUGACAACGAGCGACCGAUGAGAGGAGGUGGCAACGGGGGCAGAGCUUCCUCUGGCGGGUAGGGAGGAGGCAGAGAAGGAGGUCAUGCAUCUCGAACUAGGCAAGCUUAUCGAGGUUGGCCAGAUGCCUCUUGUUGCAAUCGGUGGUGACAAGGUUCUUCGAGAUGCGAUUAUCCACUUCCCGAAAGGGAAUUGCAGGCAGGAGUGGGAAUCAAUCGACGAGAAUCAAGGGUAUUUCAAGGUUUUCUCGAGAAUCGCAGGCAAGCUGGCAACAACUCUCAAAGUCCGGAUCUCAGUUGCCGAGGCGCUCUUCCCUUCGUCAACCGUCGCGACUUCCAUCAACACCGGCCUCGUGCAAAUCGUCGGAGUCACGGCGGAGGUCGUCGUUGGCGGUGGUGGGACUAGAGGAAGAGAAGGGAGAGAUGAGAUUCUGAAUCGUCUCCGACGACUCCCUUGGCUGCCGACGCAGACUUGGUGCAGGACGGCGAUCUGA